CGUAAAACAGGCAUCUCCGCGGGCAGCCACGCUCGGGGUCCUCACGCCGCCAUUUGCCUCCCACUGAGGUCACUUGUGUUGUACACACUCAAGGCGUGCAGGUCAUAUUGAGGACGGAGCUGCAGCCAUGAUCGGCCGGAUCCUCGGUACCCGGUACCAACAGCUCGCCAAAAACUGGUAAGAGACAGAAUCAUUAAACAAUUUAAACAUUUUUUAUUUUUUAAUAUUUGUUUUUUUGCUUGAUUAUGUUAAGAAAUCUCACCCACUGCAGUUGUGUAUCUCUCUGUAACUGAUCACUAACACAGAAUUUCAACUUAUUAAUAUAUAUAAUGUAGGUCUGUGUUACAAGCUUGAGAUCUUUAUCAAUGCUGCACUUUUACUCAGAGUACAGGGGUUAAAAUAUGCAAUUAAUGUGAUUAAAAACCUAUCUUUACUUUCUACCUUAGUAGUGUGCUCUGUAGUCUUUUAAUAUAUUAUAUAUAUUAUGGUGAACUGUUCCUUUUGGAUAGUGGCAUGUGAAUACUGCACACGUUGUAGAAUUUGAUAUUAGAAAUACACUUCAGGCACCUUUUAAUUCAAAAAUCUGUUUUAUUUACAAUUAUUCACAAUCCAUUGUUUUUAGCAAUAAUUGCAAACGCACACAGUACCUCGGCUUUUAAGGGAGCCUUUUGAUUAAAAAUAGGUUUCCCCCCCCCCCUGCCUCCCCAGCUGCAUGUUGUGUAUCAAUGUGUAUAUAUGUGUAUUGAGUGAUUUUUCAGGUAAGUACAUUUUUUUUUUAUGUGUUUUUUUUUUUAAUAACCGCAACAUUUCGAACACCAUAAUGGCUACAUCAGAAUGAUGAUGUUAUGGCGCCAGGAAGACACUUCAGGUUACCCUCAGAGGUUACACAGUUAACGAACGGUUUAACCCCAACUUCUUCAGUCAGGCUCUGGUCAGUUGAUGCCCUCAGGUGGAGUGUCUCCUUAUCCACGAAUCCGUUUUGAUAAAUGGUAGCAAUUGGUUAUCGGCUCGCCUGUCCGAGGCGUUCUGUUUGAAGCUAUGGACUUCAACAAAGGUUCGGAACAGAUAUUUGUAAAAAGGUUCGGAACACAGCUGACCAGUGCCUUACUUAAGGUUAAACUAUCCUUUGACUGUUUAACACAUUAAAGUAAGCCAGUGCCACGGACCUCGUGGCACUAUAACAACUUAAUUCUGUUUAAAUUGUUAUUGUGUACAGAGUGUCCCUUCAAUUCUCCUUUAUUUCCAUUUUAAAAAUAGUUAUCUAAAAGCUGGAAUCUCCAUAGUUUGUACAAGUACUGGGUUACUCAUUAAAGCGAGAAUUGUCUGAAUUUUUAAUCUUAGGCCAGAAUAGCUGAAUUGCAAGCGCUAACAUGGAUAACAUUUUCCAAUACAGUAGUUUUUAGUUCAUAAUAUUGGCAGUAUAUUUUUCCGAUAAUUACAUGGUGCGCUUGUGUUCAUAUACAGUUUUUGUGUUACAUUCCCCCCCAAAAAAAUGCUUUAUACUACUUUGAAAAGUGUGGCAAUUCUAGCUUGCAAUACCUGUUUACAUCAAAUUACUUUCUCUGUCAAAUGUAAAAUGAAAAUAAACUUCCAGUACUCAAAAUAUCUUUUUAUAGUUGAAAAUGUUUUAUUAUUGUUCAGAUUCUUUAGAUUAAAGGGCUCACAAAGACCCUAAUAUUUAGCUUGUUUUUGUUAUCAAUGUGUUUACUAGAUUGUGUUAUCAGUGUGUCUAGCUUUCAUGUAUAGUUUACCUCUGAUUUAUCUCUUUCAGGGCUCCCAUCGCAGCCACAUGGGGGACAGUAGCAGGAGUGGGGCUGAUUUGGGCCACGGACUGGAGGCUUUUUCUUGACUAUGUACCAUAUGUGAAUGGAAAGUUUAAAGACAAGUGAAUCUAAAAACAUGGGUUAAAAAAAAAAAUAUUUAACAGAGUAGGUAAAUUUUUUUUUUAAUUUUUUUUUCGUUCCAGUUUCAAUGUAAGUUUUACAUUUCUUUAAAAUGACUUGUGUUGCUCUGAAUUUGUUUAUAGUAUAUGAUGGGUUGCAUCUCUUAGUGUCAUUGAGAUUUUGUAAUACAUGCCUCUCCUUCCGUUCUGUUUGGUUCAAAUUUGUAGAUUACAUUUUAUUACAAACAUGAUAGAUGUUUCACAUGAACACUGUUACAUUUUAAGAUUUUCAUGAAAUCACGGCAACAAGAAAUGGAUACACAUUGCCUUGGAGGGGGGAGGGAAGAAGUAUUUCAUUCUGAUCUUAUCUUAUUAGUCAUUUUCUAAAAGUCCUUCAAGGAUAAGGGGAUAAGCCACGGUUCCACCUCCCCUAUAGCAGCCCUGUACUGCAUCUUUACACUUCCAUAUAUCACAAAGAUACAUGAUGUGUUCAAAUUAAAAUAUUUGCUCCCCUCUCCUCUGUUCCAGCGUAGCCAUCUUUGAACUUUGUGGUGAUUACUCUUCAUGUAACAUCCAUAUCUGGGCCUUCCUCAGCUUCUAUUCUUCAGUGAUUUUGCCCUGCUUGGGGACACGUCCUUAAAGGACCACUAUAGUGCCAGGAAAACAUACUCGUUUUCCUGGCACUAUAGUGCCCUGAGGGUGCCCCCACCCUCAGGGACCCCCUCCCGCCCGGCUCUGGAAGGGGGAAAGGGGUAAAAACUUACCUUUUUCCAGCGCUGGGCGGGGAGCUCUCCUCCUCCUCUCCGUCUCCGUUACGCCCCGCCGGCUGAAUGCGCACGCGCGGCAAGAGCUGCGCGCGCAUUCAGCCGGUCUCAUAGGAAAGCAUUUACAAUGCUUUCCUAUGGGCGCUUGCGUGCUCUCGCUGUGAUUUUCACAGUGAGAAGCACGCAAGCGCCUCUAGUGGCUGUCAAUGAGACAGCCACUAGAGGAUUAGGGGGAAGGCUUAACCCAUUCAUAAUUAUAGCAGUUUCUCUGAAACUGCUAUAAUUAUGAAAAAAUGGGUUAACCCUAGAAGGACCUGGCACCCAGACCACUUCAUUAAGCUGAAGUGGUCUGGGUGCCUAGAGUAGUCCUUUAAGCAGGGCAAACCUUAUUGCCAGCGUCGGAAUGGAAUCACGCCCUUCUAAUCCCUAUAUAGUGCUAGAAGCGCUGUCUGUGGGAAGUCUUUUCUGCUCACCCUUGUCAGACCCGAGGUAUUGCCUAACCGCUGAGAGAAAAGAUCUCUCCCUCUCUCUCCCUCUCCCUCUCCCUCUCCCUCUCCCUCUCCCUCUCCCUCUCUCCUCUCCUCUCCUCUCCCUCUCCCUCCUCUCUCCUCUCCCUCUCCCUCUCCUCCCUCUCCUCUCCCUCUCCCUCUCUCCUCUCCCUCCCCCUCUCUCCUCUCCUCUCUCUCUCUCUCCCUCCCUCUCUCCUCUCUCUCCCUCUCCCCUCUCUCUCUCCCCCUCUCUCUCUCUCUCCCCCUCUCUCUCUCUCUCUCCCCCCCGAAAUCACUGCACUUCUAAGCCACACUGAUAUGGGGAAAUGAAGCAAGGUAAUCUUUACCGUUAUGGACCAUUAAAAUGGUGCUUAAAGAGACUUUUUGGGGGGGUUUAUUUAAAUGUUAACAAGCGCAACAAUGAUUAUUAAAACUAUUUUCUCUCUGUUCCAGCUUUUUGUGGAUUCUUCUGUGACCGCAGUCAAGCUAGCUUCUAACAAGCCUCAUUUUGAGCUCUUGCACAUGUUCUGAAUCCUUGCUCUCUGGAAGAAGCUGCUUAUUUAAAAGUCAGUUAUGCAAUUUCAAUUAGGACGUCGCCAUUAAAAACUUCCAAGAUAACUGAAUACAUACUCUGUGUGAACAAUCUUAUUACAUUAUUUUGUGUACAUUCUAAAAUGAACAUGCUGAAAAGUUGGUUAAUAAAGUUAUUAUAAUUUUCUCCACGUAGUUGAAUGGUAUAACUUGACGUGUUUUAUCUUCACAGUAUGAUGUAUACAACACAAACAGCCAAGAAUAUUUCAGCAGUGCACAAACAAGGAUUCAAAUGGUUAUGUACUAACAAAUGAAAUAUCCUCAACAAUC